AUGGACAGUUCUCACUACCCGUCCAAUGGUAUAAACACGACGUCCGCGCCACAGACAUACCCAUCGCCAACUGCCAUCUCGCCCAACCAGCUCCAGACGGGUUCCCCUCUGCCGCAGACGCUGCCUCCUCUGCAGCCCCCGACCUCCGCCAUGCAGCCCAUGUACGGUAGCCACCCGCACACGCCGCGGACUCCUGGGACGCCCAACACUCCCAACUCGACUGGGAACGUGCCGACGUACCAGAACACGUCCCAGCCCGCGUCCCGGCCCGGCGUCUACGCCAUGGCUCAGAACCCGUAUCCCCCCCACCCGGGAUACGCGACCUCGGCCGCCAUGAUGCCGCAGACUACCACCGCCGCGUCUCACCCGCAGCCCAUUGCGCCCGCCCCCGUCGGCGGCCGUGGCCCUCCGGUCCUGCGCCCCAUGCCUCCGGGCGGCCUCAUGCCCCAGCCCGGCCAGCCCUCGCCUUACGGCCCCGGCUCGCUGAUGCAGCCCAACCCGGUCCUCCAGGAGGGCGACCAGCCGACGCACGUCGUGGGCUCUCAGGGCCGCCGCGGCAUCCUGCCCAGCGCCCCGGGACGGCCUGCCGCGCCUCCUGCCGGCACCACCGCGGCUAAGAACACCGUGAUUCCCGUCAAGGAUGCGGACGGCAAGUUCCCUUGCCCGCACUGCACCAAGACCUACCUUCAUGCGAAGCAUCUGAAGCGUCACCUUCUCCGACACACCGGCGAUCGCCCCUACAUGUGUGUGCUUUGCCGUGAUACGUUUUCCCGAAGUGAUAUCUUGAAGCGUCACUUCCAGAAGUGCUCCAUUCGUCGUGGCAACCCCACCGGAGCCAGCCACCUGUCUCAUCCGCAGGCCCACGUUAAGAAGAAUGCUCAGGCCCAGAAGGCUGCCGGCCUCGCCAACGAGGGCGACAUGAACCACCUCAAUGGCCUCAACAACAUGCCCCAGGCCGACGGCAUGGUCCACCCCUUUGGCAUGGUUCCCGUCCAGGACGGCAUGAACAACAUGGCCGGUGACCAGAACCAGCUCUCGCGUUCCAACAGCAUGAACAGGCUCGAGAACGGCGCGCCCCAGGAUCGGAGAAACAUGCCUGGCAUGAACAACUCGCAGCCCUAUGGUGCCGACCCCAACUCGAUGAACCAGCAGCAGAUGCCCCAAUACGGCGUGCCCCACGGUCAGAACGGGAUGCCCAUGUAUGGCGGUUCCAACGCGAAUCAACAAUCUGGCCUCGAUUGGUCUCAGAUGUUCCAGGCUGGUGCGCAUCAAACCCUCAACGAGCAUCCAUUUCAUCCUCCUAAUCGUGGGCAGACGCAGAUCGGAACCAAAACCGGGCCUAAUUCCUCUAUGGGGACGACGGGUUGCAGCUCCAGCGACGCCGUCGUCUACUCUGAGUGGGGCAUACCGUCGAGUGUCGAGAAUCCUUAUACCCAGCUUUCUAACCAGAUCCUUAAUUUCUUCUACCCCCCCAACGAGGCGAUUGACCCUCAUCUGACCGGCAUGAACCUGCAUCUUUCCCCUGAAAACGUUGACAACUUCAUUGGCCACUUCGACAAAUUCCACCAGCACGCGCCGCUGCUUCACAAGCCAUCGUUCCGGAUCAUGGAUGCUCACAUCGGCUUGGUCACUUGCAUGUGCUGCAUAGGCGCCUGCUAUUCGGAUCGACUGGAACCUUCCGUCGUCCGCGAGAUGAUGGAUAACCUGUGGAUCUCGAUGGAGCGGGACUGCCUCGGCGCGAUGCCGACGUCCUACUCUGUGGACAGCGGCGACGAAGGUGCCUCAACUGCGGACGUACAGGUGCUGCAGGCUCUUGUACUGAUGAGCGCUCUUCACGUGUGGAACGGAACUUCGCAGCAGCGAACCCGGGCGAGAAAGGCGUUUCCUCAAGUCGCGUCGCAGGCGAGGCGCCUCGGUCUGCUGCAUCACCACGGGCCCGGCAAACCUGUGCAGGAUUGGCCUGCCUGGGCGGAUUCCGAACAGCGUCUACGGCUCAUGCACGGCAUUAUUAUGUGCGACACGGUUUGGGCAUUGUAUUGCAAUAUUCCGCCACAGUUUGAGCCGUUCGAGGUCCAACUGCCCCUCCCGUGCGACGAGGCUCUUUGGAGUGCCAGGACUGAAUCCGAUUGGGCGUCAAUCACUAGAACACGGCAGAGCCCCAGUUCUUUGCAUGGCGACCAACCCGAGUUCGAUCUUGCUCUGCGGACACUGCUACAUCCGCUGUAUCGAAUAAGCAAGGGCAGCACGAGUACGGGCGGGAAGUGGGUGCUGUUGUUUGCCGUCAUGGCUCUCACGUGGCGCGCCCAGCGGGGUGGAUUCUGGGGGAAUCUCCACCAAGAUGACCCCCUUCCUUCCCGCGUGUGGAUCAUGGAGCACGGCGGAGUCAAAAUGGAGACAGAUCCAGUCAACGGCCAGUGCCUCGAUCCGCAAAGCUACCUUGUCCUGGGUGGCGCACUCGAUAAAGUCAAGUCAAUUUUGGACGAGGACGCCCCAUCGACCUCGGCGGCGGGCCAGGGACCCGAAGGCUGCAUCCACACUGACACCAUCCUGUCGUACUGGAUAGCGAAACGUCUGUUGACGUAUAAGCUGCCAGAUGACCCGGAACUGUCAGAGGAGGCAUGCUUCAUGCGGGUUCUGCAGCUCAUGGACGGCAUCAGGGCUUGGGUCGUCAACAAUGGGGAGGCAAAAGGAGAGAAAUUGGAGCUGGUUGGGGAGAUUAAGGAACAUGAGGAUUCGACGUUGAACAUGACGGACUUUUUCGGCAACGCCCCCCGCGGAGCAGGCGACACUGGAGCAGCACCAGCCACAAAUUGA